AUGGAAGAUCAGGAGAUUGAAGCUCCUUACGAGGACCCCGGGGCUGCUCCAUAUGGGAACUUCCCUAAUUAUUAUAGUUUUAAUCCGCCGGAGAACCGUGUUAGCCUCCUACCUCCAGGGAAGCUUCGGAGCCUGCUCCACAGAUCAUGUGAAGCCCCAAUCAUGUGUCUGGACGUUGGAUGUAACUCAGGAGUGAGUGGUUUAAUUAUGUUUUAAUUGAGCUUCGUUGCUUUAUUGUAACUCCCAUCACUGUCCCAUUUGUUGGGAGGUAUAGUCCAUGUAAAAUAUGAUUGGUAGUGUGUGUGUUAUAUAAUUUCUGCAAAAAAAUAAAUAAAAUAGGAUUAGUUAAUUAUAGAGGUAUACUGGGACAUACAUGGUUUAUUUAUUUCCAAGUAUAACCUGGAGUAUCAGUGAUGGUAAUGCUGGGGCCAUCAUCCUGGUGUACUUGCAUAACUGGCUGACAUUUAGCUUUGCUGGACAGUCCAAUCCACUCUUGAUAAAGUACAUAGUUCGGUUUUGAAGUGGUGCUGUCACCUUCUGGGGUCCUUGCAUAAUUUGCAAAUACCCCCUAAAGCGAUAUCCCUUCUCUGGGUGCGGAGGGGAGGGGUAGUUACACUUAACGUAAAUCUUUCCUGUACAGGUGCUCUCAUUUUCUGUCUUAAGCUCCUGACAACUAACCCACCAUGAGCAGCGCCAGUGCUGUACUCUCUCACUAAUGUCAUAAACAUUGAUGUUUAUGGAGGAUUUCGCUAGACUGCGGUUCAUGGUGCUUGGAGUAACCGCUUAAUUUUGCGACUUGAUUUUAAAGGACCACUAUAGUGCCUGGAAAACAUACUCGUUUUCCUGGCACUAUAGUGCCCUGUGGGUGCCCCCACCCUCAGGGACCCCCUCCCGCCCGGCUCUGGAAAGGGGUUAAAACGUACCUUUUUCCAGCGCUGGGCAGAGAGCUCUCCUCCCCGUCGGCUGAAUGCGCACGCGCGGCAACAGCUGCGCGCGCAUUCAGCCGGUUACAUAGGAAAGCUUUCAUAAUGCUUUCCUAUGGACGCUGGCGUGCUCUCACUGUGAAAAUCACAGUGAGAAGCACGCAAGCGCCUCUAUUGGCUGUCAAUGAGACAGCCACUAGAGGAAAUAGGGGAAGGCUUAACCCAUUCAUAAACAUAGCAGUUUCUCUGAAACUGCUAUGUUUAUGAAAAAAUGGGUUAACCCUAGCUGGACCUGGCACCCAGACCACUUCAUUAAGCUGAAGUGGUCUGGGUGCCUAGAGUGGUCCUUUAAAUUCUCAGCAAUUUGAUAGGGUCUUUGGGGUUUCAUGGCUCAAGAUCUGCAAUGCCAGGCCUUUGUAUUAAAAGUUGUAGUGAUUAUGGUGCCUGAAGUGCCCUAUCGCCCUUCCAGAAUCAGUUUUCGAACGGUUUUAGAAAGGUUUCACAGCUUACCUGGGUUCUGCUGGAAGCAUAUGGCCAUGGCCCUGAUUCAGGAUUCUUCUUUCAGGAGAAUCCAGUUAGCUAAGCAGGGCCACUGUUUUUGGCUGAGUGUCAUCUGAGAACUCCCAGCCAAUGACCGGGGUUCUGUGUUUCCCCUGCUUAGUUUAGGGAAGACUUGUGGCAGGAGAAGCUGAGGCUUAUGUUAUAGAAAUAUAUGUCAAAUUAAUCUUGAGAGGUGACCAGGGCACUCUUCGUGCCAUAACAACUAUAGCGGGCUGUAGAGGUUAUUGUGCUUUGAGUGUUCCUUUAAUGGAACACUAUUUAAAGGGACACUAUAGGCACCCAUACCAUUUCAUAUCAUUGAAGUAGUCUGCGUGCAGUGUCUCUGUCCCCCUUAGUCCUGCAAUGCUUUUUGAGAAACUGCGCCGCUUCCCAUCUUUCUGCAUGCCCCAGGAGAGAUGGCAGCUUCUGCUAGGAGCUUCCACAAGUUAUCCCUAGCAAGGUCUUACCUUGGGCUUACUGCAUUGCAGAGAGAAUCUGGCUGCAGAGGACACAAGGAGCAAUGACCAGUAGACCCCAAGAAAUAAGCCAAACCAUUUUAAAAUUGCUGGCACCAUAACCACAACACAAUUAUCUUACCCUUUUAAAGUUUUUCUUCAAAACCCCCUAAAUUGAUGGAGAUAUCAUUUUUUUUUUUUUUUCCUCCGAAGUGCUGGUAUUAUGUAGAAGUCAGACAGCCAGGGGUGUUCUCUUUCUGAUUGUCUAAAUGUGCCUCCAGCACAAAGUGGUAUGUAAUGCUUCUUAUUUUAUUAGAUUGCAAACAAAGGAGGGAUCUGCACUUUUAUCACUUGUAGACCUCAGUGCACUGUACCUAGGGCUGGCAAACCCCAAUUCCAUAUAGUGAAGACAAUGUAAUCCAGGCACUCAGGGUCUUUUUCAAACAGCAGUUUUAUUGGAGAAACACGGCAAACACAGCAAUGUUUCGACCCACGAUCGGAUCUUUAAGCUCACUCGCUUGACAAAGAUCCGAUUUGUGUAUCGAAACUUUGCUGUGCUUCUCCAAUAAAACGUCCGUUUGAAAAAGACCCUGAGUGCCUGUAUUACAUUGUCCUCUCAUUCUAUUAGAAGCAUUUUUUGAGGUUUUCAGUAUAUGUGAUCUCAGUGACGCUGAUCCUGUGCCGUGGGUCCAUCUCGCCUCUGGAUUUGAAGUAAAUUUAAAAAAACAGUCCAAGCACCAUCACCAUACAUUGUUGGACUACUUACACUGAGAGUAGCACCAGAGCACCCCUAACUUUCUCACCACUACAGUGGUUCCAACCUCAAUAAAACUUGUGAAUGAAAGAAAAAAUCCUGGUAAGUGACUUUAAUAUUUAAUGGUUGAAGUUAUUAUUUUGCUAAAUAAAUUACAUAGGAAUUACAAAUUCAAAGCAAAAAAGUUGGAGUGUAUGUUUUAAAUUCUGCAUUUUUGGUUCAGAAUUUGCAUUUAAUUUUUUUUUUUUUGUAAUUAUUGAUUUUAUUUAUUCAAUAUCUGCUCACCAUGAUUCCAAGUUUGUUAAUAAACCCUUCAUCCGUCAAAUUUUAGCCUUCUAUUACCCACAGUUACGAAUUUUGUAAGGAUAUAUGUGGUGUGCUGCCACAUUGCCAAGUUAAAAUUCUAAAUAUACAAGAGUGUGAGAGCUCCUAAAAAGGUACCAUAGUUAGAGUAGAUACAAUAAUGUAUAAUAUAUGUAUAACACAAACACAUAAUUAAGACUAGUGAGGUGUACCUCCUUUUGGGAAGAAUGUGUGUCCAAUAAGGUGCUAAAAUCGAGAAUAAAUUAAUUACAGCAGCGCGAAACACUUGUGUGGAAAUACCCUCUUAUUCACACCUAAAAAAGUCCAAUAUCUAUAAGGUGGUAUAAGUGAAAAACCUACACCUAUAAGUGAAGUGCUUAAAAAGUGGAGGGGUACAGUUACCCCAUACAACUUGAUAGCAAGCUUGGUGUAUAAUACAUGUGAAAAGGCAAUAUAGUGCAGAUGGUACAUCAAAAUAAAAUUGGAUACAAUGGUGGUGAAGUGGAACACUCACAUUUAAAGGAGUAUGUGAACACUGGCUCCGUAAUCAGGCUUGUAUGCUUUUAAGGCAGCCUCACACCUACAAUCCACGAUAUGAUGUAUCUCAAAGAGAAAACAUGGAGAGAAGGGAACCAAUGUGCAGUCUGUCUCAAAUGGUAUGGAGGUGAGAAUAAGUAAAGUGCUCACCUUAUUCAGAGCCCUGUAUCCUGGCUCUGAGGAGUAGUAGCUACGUGCCAAUAUUUGUGGGGAUGGCACUUCCUCUAAGUAGAUUCAGUAGGCUCCAGAGGACUAUUCUAAACUAGUUGAAUUUAUUAGUACAAUGUAAACAUAUAACAUAAAAUAUAAUAUAAAAAUCUAGACUGUAAAAGUCCUGGAUAAGCCUGGAUUAUCAUUGAGUAAAAACAUAUUUUCCGUGCGAUUGGAGAGGGGCUGGUCAACUAAAUAUUUAAGUUAGGAAUAUAUGUAUGUAUUCCUAAAACUAUAGUGUUUCUCUAAAUUUACACAUAAGGAAAAGUAGAUGUCAAGGGUAUUUAUUUUAUGCCGAUAAAGAAUAUAUUCUGAUGUGACACACCAGAUAUUUUAUGCAAUGUAUCAUAUUUUUUUUUUUCACUUGACUUUUGGUCAUGAACAUGCCUUACUUACUGAUCCGCACACACAUUCUCUCACACACUCACAAAUUAUUUGUUUGAUUUUAAUUUACAUCCACCAAGCCUCCCUACUCAUUCCCUGGGGGGCCAGUGGAGCUGCUGCAAUCCUGUGAUCUUCAGGCUCUGCUCUCAGCUCGCUGUUUAGUGAUGCCGCGGCCUGCGUGGCGCCAUAUUCCUGCUCCCGGCAUUACAGCAGGGCGUGCUAGAGAGCAAAGCAAGAAGUUUACAACUCGUGCACCGCCUUCAUACUGCACAGCCGUCCGCCUCUGGGGGACCCCUAAUCCAUACAGCUGGCCAGCUUUUUGGCCCUCCAUGACGGGAGGAACACAGAGGGCCUAGAAGAUGCAGUUGCGAUCUCAGCGAUCCCUGAAGUCACGCCACUGCACUGGCAAGCAUCGGUGCAGUGUUCAAUGGGCUGAUAAGCACCCAGAUGCCAGGACAAACUUGCUAGUCACCAUGGCGAUCUGGCGCCUGUCGUGUCUAAUCCUGCCAGAGAAUAUGCAAAAAUAUAUAAAUACAACAAGUGUAUAAAGUUUACAAUUGAAUGUAAAGCACUGAUAAACGUACCAUUAAGUACAAAAAUCUAUAUAUUUGACAAUGAGAUGGCAUAAAAUGCUUAUCCAAAUAAUCCAAAAUACAAAGAUUGGUUUUAAAAUAAACCAUUUUAGGUUAUAUAUUGGAUAAAUUGUAGCACUUUUUGUCUUAAAACCAAUAGCACAUUGUAUUUUGCUAAGCAUUUUAUUUGAUUAUUUUGAUAUGCACUUUAUGCAGUCACAUUGACAAAAAAUCGUUUUGUUUUUUUUGUGCUUUAUAAUAUUUGCCAAUGCAAUUGUAAACAUUACACACUAUUAAUGUAUUUAUUUUUGCAUAUUCUUUGGCUUGAGUCAUUUAGCAGUCCUCCAAAAUCUAAGUAUUUGAUUUUCUGUGACUUGUUCACUGUGGUGUAAACAUUUAAUGAGGUGGUUGUUGUUAUUAUUGCUAUUUAAAUAACAGAUUCCAUAGCGCUUUACAAUAUUAUGAGAGGGGGGGAUUUAACUAUAAAUGGGACAAUAACAAGAAAGCUUACAGGAACGAAUGGUGUCUAUGUUCUAUCAAACCUGUCUUAUCUGCACUCAUGACGCUUUAACCCCUGUAUCACAACUCAACUUUGAAUUCUAUGUGUCUUGCUCAGAAAUGCUUCAGACGUGAGAAAGGGAGGUUCUCCCAAAAGCUUGUCACUAAAAAAUUAUGUUCAAUAAAAAAAAAAAAAAGGUAUUACAUGAUACACAUUUUAUAUAUAUAUUUAUAUAUAUAUAUAUAUAUAUAUAUAUAUAUAUAUAUAUAUAUAUAUAUAUAUAUAUAUAUUUUUUUUUUUUACAUCUACAUCACUGGACUAAUACGGCAAAGAGGUGCAUAUCACAUAUUAUCCUACUUCAAACAAAUGGUGUCCGGUAAAAGUACUGGAUAUAUAUCUACAAUCAUUACCGCCUCAGUCUGACAUCCUUCUUCUAGUCCUACACAAAACCGUCUUAACUACAGCAAAAUUCAUGCAAUACGUACGUAUAUUACUGACCAGACUAGGUCUGAACACCAGCAAUUUUUCUGGCCAUUCCUUUCGGAUAGGGGCAGCUUUCACAGCCUCUAGUCGUGAUAUUCCCAGACAUGUAAUUAAGUCUUUGGACCGCUGGAAGUCAUCAGCAUUUGCUUUGUAUAUACCUCAACCUGUGUUAGAAAUGAGGUCUGACUUUUUGUUAAAUUGUCAUCUUGAGGUAUUUUCUUAGUACUAUGUUUCAUCUGCAAUAAAUACUUAUUUGGCACACUUCAACCGACUUGUUCAUAUCUAUAAUGUACACCAUACUAUACUUACGUUACAAGAAUAGCACCGAACACAAAUGUAAAGGCUUGCCUGGAGUUGUGGGAGGGGCUUGUUGAUUCUUCUUAAGCAGGCCCCGCCCACCACUCACUCUACUCAAUUUCAUUUAUUUUAUAAUUGGGGUGGACCCUUUUAUUACAGGCCUGCUGCAUACGUCUGUUUCAGUACACUUCAACCGACUUGUUCAUAUCUAUAAUGUACACCAUACAAUACAUACAUUACGUUAGACGAACACAUAUAUAGUGUUCGCGUGUGUGUGUGUGUGUGUGUAAUAUAAAUAAAAACAUUUUGGGCUGCUAGUGGUGAGCCAGUUUAGUUUUGCACUUGACUAGCAGUGGCAGUGUUACGUAAUGAAUUGUCUAGCCUUAACCAUAGUAGGUUAGGUCUAUAAUAGGGAUCGACCGAUUAUCGGUUUUACCGAUUUAUAAUUGGCCGAUAUUCGGUAUUUUCGGCAAUAUCGAUAUCGGCCAAUAUAGAUACAGAUAUUGACGAUAAUACCUCCCAGGACCGCCAGGCUUGUGCAAAUCUUGCGAGACCCGUGGCCGUCAGAGCGUUGCCACGGGUUACCAUGGCAACACUCCGCGCAGGCCGCGAGAUUUAUGCUGGAGGAGCUGCUGGGAGGUAAGUAACAGCUUGCUGCCGGCCCCCCUACUGCUCAGCCAAUGCUACUGGACCGCCAGGGACUGUCAUAGCCCCCCUCCCUGGCCAGGCAACAAGCAGGGAGGGGGGACAAAAAAAUUAAAAUAAAACAUAAACAUUAAAAAUUAAAAUAAAAAAUGCCUUACCCCCCCCACCCCAUUUUACAGUGUAGUGUGUGUGUGUGUGUGUGUGUAUAUAUAUAGUGUGUGUGUAGAUAAUGCACACACUACAUUAUAUACACACUACACAAACACACUGCAUUCACUACACACACUGCACUCACUUUACGCACACUGCAUUCACUUUACACACCACACACUAUAUUCACUAUACACACACUACACAAACACACACUCUGCCUUCAUUAUAUAUACACUACACAGUCACUGCAUUAACUAUACACACUACACAAACACACCGCUCCACUGUCCAAAUACACUGCAUCCACUUGAUGCAUUUACCUUUAGAAAUAGUUUAUUUUUUCAAAAUGGUAAAUGCACAGAAUAUCGGCUAUCGGCCUGAAAGUUAACAGAGUAUCGGUAUUGGCUCUAAAAAAAAAAUCAAUAUCGGUCCAUCCCUAGUCUAUAUUAGUCCUUUCUAAAUAUUUAUUACAUUUUACUUGAUGGUACAUUUACAAUUUCAUGGUUUCAUUAAGAGCUGCCUAUACUAUGUUGUGCUAGUGUAUCUUUGUGCAAACAUGUUUAGUUUUUUUUUUAAUCUAAGAUCUAACAAACUGUUUCUGUAUCACAGGACCUGAGUGUAGCGUUGUAUAACCACCUCCUUCAGCCAUCGGAGCCAACAGAUGUUCCUGUGGACGUGCACUUCCUGGGCUGUGAUAUUGAUGCUAAUCUAAUUGCAAAAGCUCAAGCUUCCAACCCCUUCCCAAAAUCCAUUUCUUAUGUUACUCGAGAUAUCAUGGAUUCCUCUGAGCCGGAGGAUCCCAUACAGCAUUUCCUUAAUGGAUUCAACCGUUCCACCUUUGAUCUAGGAUUUUGCAUGUCAAUAACUAUGUGGAUCCAUUUAAAUCAUGGUGACCAGGGCCUGAUAGACUUUCUGGGCCAGCUAACAAACCUUUGUGACUAUUUAUUAAUUGAACCUCAACCAUGGAAAUGCUACCGUAAAGCUGCUCGGCGUUUACGCAAACUUGGGAGGCAGGACUUUGACCAUUUUCGCUCACUCUCAAUCCAUGGGGACAUGGCAAAAAGAAUAACUGGUAUACUUACUAAAGGGGGCAGAGCUGAUCUUAUUCAACGUUUUGGUAAAACUAGCUGGGACAGGAGCCUUCUUCUGUAUAGAAUUAACAGACCCACAAAAUGA